AUGACCUCAAGUGAGCCCGCUGCGGGCUCCUCAUCCUCUGAUACUCACGCUCGACAAGACUGGAAGCACAGCGACCACAUCAAACGAGAAUCGCGGCAUAUCUACAACAAGCUUCACUCGAUCUCUUACGACUCUGCCUUCGUCCAUCGCAUCCAAUCUCUCUUCCCCUCACUCCUGCUCACCGCCAACCUACGAUGUGGUGCAUGGUACACCGAUCCGACCAUCACGCCCGCCGUAUCGUAUUUCAAGUCGACCGACGGACACACUCAUCAAUGGGGAUUCAGUCUGAAACGAUCCAACCUGCACCUCGUCCGGUUGAUCGUCAAUGCUGGAGGUGCGAUCAUUGUUGACUCUACAAGAAGGGGCAAGAGUAUGCCGGAUGCUUUGAGCAAGACCAUACCGAUUUGGUGUGCUGUGCUGAACCAGGCAUCGAGACGCAGGUUCGGAUGUCCAAGGGAAUGCGAAGAAGGGUUUCAGCUGGGGACUCCGAAAUGGAUGAUUCCGCCUACAGAACACGAUCAGAUCCGAGCAAGAAUCGAUGACUUUGUAGAGUCACUGCUAGACUCUGAUCUAGAAGUGCCGAAACUGGACAGACCGCUCAGGCCAGUCUUUGUCACUCCACAGACGGAGCUUGACACGCUCCAAGGGUCGGACCGGAGUGGUUGUACGCCCAUUGUCCUGGUCUCAGCUUCUCGAUUCGUUUCCGACUCGGCAGAUAUCGAGACAGGCACGACGAAAGGCUCGGAGCGAGCAGGCAGAGAUUUUGUCUACGUUCAAGGAGCCGGUGACGAUCACGAAAAUUGGGCACGCGGUUUGACACCUGAUGUCUUCUGGAAGCAUCAAGCUCAACUCCUUCAAUGCGAAAAGGCACAACUCGAAGCGCUGGUCGACAGCAUUGUUGCGGAAGAAUCGCGCUCAGUUGGUGAAAAAGCCGGACAUUGGUUCACGCCCAUAUCCGUCCCUAAAGAGACGGACGGGCAACGAGUUCCAGCUGACGCCCCCACGAACGGAGCAGAUUUCGAAGUCGGAAGCACAGGUGUGUUCAUCGGCUCUCGAACCCUAGACUACACCUUCCCGACUGCAGAGAUAGAGCAAUACGCUCUGAUUCUGCACUUUACAAAGCCCUUGAAUCCGGUCGAUGGCAAAGAAACGGAGCUUUCAGAAUUGCUUUCAGCGGUCCGUAUGACUCCGGAACCAAGACCCAAACCUAAAGUGUUAGAACUUCAGAUGUCAGCCAACAAGAAAGGCCUCUCCGCUCUCCGCACGGUAUUCCCUUCCGCCAUCCAACAAGCACAUCACGCACUCAUGCAGCCGUCCUCGGAUCUUACUGGUCGCGCUCAAGUGCUCAUCUGCUGUCAGGACGGCAAGGAUCUCUCUGGUAGUCUCGCAAUCGCCAUCCUAGCAUCGUGCUUCAACGACCAACGCCAAUUGAUUCUCGACGACAAUCUCUUCGCCCAACACACUGCGCAGAUCAGCAAAGACACGACGAAACGGCGUCUCCAAUGGCUUGUCAGCGCCAACCCGCGUGCCGCACCCAGUCGAGCUUUCUUGCUUCGCAUCAACGAGCUUCUCAUAAGUCCUCGUCACAGACCACCCACUUCAAGUAGCAUAUAA